GCUCAGCCCCGUCUCCUCCUCUUGCUCCCUCGGCCGGUCGGCGGUGACUGUGCACCGACGUUGGCGCGGGCUGCACCGCCGCGUCCGCCUGCCCGCCAGCAUGGCCACCACCGCCACCUGCACCCGCUUCACCGACGACUACCAGCUCUUCGAGGAGCUCGGCAAGGGUGCUUUCUCUGUGGUCCGCAGGUGUGUGAAGAAAACCUCCACGCAGGAGUAUGCAGCAAAAAUCAUCAAUACCAAGAAGUUAUCUGCCCGGGAUCACCAGAAACUAGAACGUGAGGCCCGGAUAUGCCGACUUUUGAAGCAUCCAAACAUUGUACGCCUCCAUGACAGUAUUUCUGAAGAAGGGUUUCACUACCUCGUGUUUGACCUUGUUACCGGUGGGGAGCUGUUUGAAGACAUUGUGGCCAGAGAAUACUACAGUGAAGCUGAUGCCAGCCACUGUAUACAUCAGAUUCUGGAGAGUGUUAACCACAUCCACCAGCAUGACAUUGUCCACCGGGACCUGAAGCCUGAGAACCUCCUGCUGGCGAGUAAAUGCAAGGGUGCCGCAGUCAAGCUGGCUGAUUUUGGCCUAGCCAUCGAAGUACAGGGAGAGCAACAGGCUUGGUUUGGUUUUGCUGGCACCCCAGGUUACUUGUCCCCUGAGGUCUUGAGGAAAGAUCCCUAUGGAAAACCUGUGGAUAUCUGGGCCUGCGGGGUCAUCCUGUAUAUCCUCCUGGUGGGCUACCCUCCCUUCUGGGAUGAGGAUCAACACAAGCUGUAUCAGCAGAUCAAGGCUGGAGCCUAUGAUUUCCCAUCACCAGAGUGGGACACGGUGACUCCUGAAGCCAAGAACUUGAUCAACCAGAUGCUGACCAUAAACCCCGCAAAGCGUAUCACAGCUGACCAGGCUCUCAAGCAUCCAUGGGUCUGUCAACGGUCCACAGUGGCAUCUAUGAUGCAUCGUCAAGAGACCGUGGAGUGCCUACGCAAGUUCAAUGCCCGGAGAAAACUGAAGGGCGCCAUCCUCACGACCAUGCUUGUCUCCAGGAACUUUUCAGUUGGCAGGCAGAGCUCCGCCCCCGCCUCGCCUGCCGCGAGCGCCGCCGGCCUGGCCGGGCAAGCUGCCAAAAGCCUAUUGAACAAGAAGUCGGACGGCGGUGUCAAGAAAAGGAAGUCGAGUUCCAGCGUGCACCUAAUGCCACAGAGCAACAACAAAAACAGUCUCGUAAGCCCAGCCCAAGAGCCCGCGCCCUUGCAGACGGCCAUGGAGCCACAAACCACUGUGGUCCACAAUGCUACAGAUGGGAUCAAGGGCUCCACAGAGAGCUGCAACACCACCACAGAAGAUGAGGACCUCAAAGCUGCCCCGCUCCGCACUGGGAAUGGCAGCUCGGUGCCUGAAGGACGGAGCUCCCGGGACAGAACAGCCCCCUCUGCAGGCAUGCAGCCCCAGCCUUCUCUCUGCUCCUCAGCCAUGCGAAAACAGGAGAUCAUUAAGAUCACAGAACAACUAAUUGAGGCCAUCAACAAUGGGGACUUUGAGGCCUACACGAAGAUUUGUGAUCCAGGCCUCACUUCCUUUGAGCCUGAGGCCCUCGGUAACCUUGUGGAAGGGAUGGAUUUCCAUAAGUUUUACUUUGAGAAUCUCCUGUCCAAGAACAGCAAGCCCAUCCACACCACCAUCCUGAACCCGCACGUCCACGUGAUCGGAGAGGACGCAGCUUGCAUUGCCUACAUCCGCCUUACCCAGUACAUCGAUGGACAGGGCCGGCCUCGCACCAGCCAGUCAGAGGAGACCCGGGUCUGGCACCGCCGGGAUGGCAAGUGGCUCAAUGUCCACUAUCACUGUUCAGGGGCCCCUGCCGCACCGCUGCAGUGAGCUCAGCCACAGGGGCAUAAGGAGAUCCCAGCCGGAGGUCAAACCUUCGCAGCCAGUGGCUCUGGAGGGCCUGAGUGACAGCGGCAGUCCUGUUCGUUUGAGGUUUAAAACAAUUAAAUUACAAAGCGGCAGCAGCCAAUGCACGCCCCUGCAUGCAGCCCUCCCGCCCGCCCUUCGUGUCUGUCUCUGCUGUACCGAGGUGUUUUUUACAUUUAAG